AUGACAGUCACAGUGGUGUAUGAUAACUCUGAGGCAACAGAGCUCUGUGCAGCUCAGCACCUCUACCUCAAGCCCAUAGCAAAAUUGUUGAUAUUCCAAUAUGCCUGGAGCAUAUUGCUUCCAGGGAGUCUAGAACCUGUGAGGCCCUUCUCUAACUGGGAAGUUCUUGACCAGCUGAAGAGCCUGAUUUGCCCUGACCAGUUCACCACAGUUUGGCUUUCCAAUAGUACAGAGGACUUCAUUCGAUUUGAGGGUGAGGCUGAGACCCGAAGUUUGGUUCAGAUCCUGAAGGCAAAGUUAUAUGGGAAGAUUAUCAAGUUAAAUGGUUUGAAAAAAGACUUAAAAGUAGUGGCUACAGAUGCCCAGGGAGAAUGGGAGCACUUCCCCAAGGGAAGAGAGCCCUCGUUGAGUGACGGGGCUGAAGACCAUGAGAAGAGCCCAGAUUCCAUAUAUUUUGAAGACUUGCCCUGUAAAUAGUUUGCACCUAAAGGUUCUAGCAAGGAGAAGCCAUGUGAAGAGAUCCUUUGGGUAGUCUUUGAAAGUUUUGGGAAGAUCAAGAAUGUGGAUAUCCUUAUGCUUGGCCCCUACAGAGAAGUGAUGACUGACAGGAGCUUUGGGGGUUUUAGCUUUGGCUUACAGACAUUUGAGGCCUUCAUACAAAUGAAACUGAUGCUUGAAGGAGAUGAUGGGAAAGCUCUGGCAUGUAACGUUAAGGUUACGUCUGAUACAACCAAACACUUUGGGGAACGAGCUGUAAGGAGGAGAAAUCAGGAAAGGCUAAAAUUACAAGAACUAGAAGAAGAAAGGAAAAAAGAAAAGAAAAGAGAAGAGGAAGUAGCUGAAAGCCAUUCAGAAAAGGAGAUAAGCAGGCUCACACCUGGCCUAACUGAGACAGUUCUAAGUUUCAGGAAACAGAAGCCCAAAGCCAAAGCUGAGGCACCUCAAGAGCCGGACUCUUCAGAGGAGUGGGAGAAGAGGCAGUACCUAGUGUCUCAGAGGCGAGUUGAGGCACUUCGGUUCCUAAGUGUACUCCUGAGGAACAUUUCAGGAAGGCUAUUGCCAAAUUGUUCUUCAAGUUUGGGAUCCACACAGUUUAACCCACAGGAGGUCGACAUUAUUGGCACCAAAGCUAAUGCUUCUCGAGGGAACACAUUGAAAACUCUGGAGGAAGAAGAGCUAAACACUCUGCAUCUUCAAAAUCAAGAGGAAAUAUCAAAAUAUCAGGUUGCCAAGUCAGACAAUAAGCAAAAACAAAAAAUGGAGAAAAUAACUAGGGAUCACUUACAGAAAUCUUCCCACUGCCUUGGGGAAGAAAAUUUAAGGUAUUCCCCUAGAAAACAGAGAACUGGAAUAUUAUUAGGUGAUGAAGAAUAUGAAUACAGUUUGUUUUUUGAGCAUAACUCCUUGGAGAUUACGAUAAUUAAAGGCCAGUCUCUUGAAAAUGAAGAUCACCACGGUUCUAGUGAAUCCUGUUCCAAAUUAUCUGGGAGAGGCCAAGGCAGGAAACCUAAGAUCCAUGAAACAGAUGCAUUUUUUGACUAUCUUUUCAAUUAUUAUGAAGCUCCACAAUAUACUCGUAUCUGCCUAGAAACAAGUCAGGUAGCAGGCACAUGUCAGUGGCAGAGGGAUGUCCAAACUAAGGGAGAUGGAUUUCAGAUUAGUUUGAGAAAGUGUAGGCAUCACUCAAUCAAUUCGAGCCAAGGGGAAAACCUGGAAAGGAAAGAACAGGUUCAAGAAAAUGAUUACUCAUCAAACGUUUGUACUCAGGAUCCUGAGCAUAAACGAGGAAAAGUAGAUUAUGCCAAAGAAUGUACUAAUGGGUUUAAAACUCAUUGCCAGGAGACAGCCCAUAAAGCUGGUGGUCAGCUGUCCCCAACUGAUGGAAACAGCUGUCUGUUGGAAAAGACUCAUACUUAUAUUGAAGAUUCCAAAUCCACAAGGAAAAGCCAAGUGUCCACACCCCACGAGUCAAUAGGCUUAGAUUUACAGUUGACAGAUUUCUUAGAGGAAAUUAGUAGUGAUUCUGAAUGCUUCAGUGAAACCCUUAGUAUAAACAAAGAGGAGAAAGAGAAAUCUGUGGCCACAUUUAAUAGUUUCUCAGAAAAAGAACCUCUUGACACUGACAAAAUGAUCACACGCAAACAAAAUACAAGGUUGAGUCAGCAGACAUUUUUUUCACAGUGGAGAAGUGAUGGUGAGGAAAAAUACUCUAAUUACAGGUUUAGGACACCAGGCAGGAAGUCUGAGUAUGAACCGAAAUGGAUAUGUUCAUGGCGUAGGGGUGAAAGUCAUUUCAUUACACAUGAAAACAACAAUGACCAAAUGAAGGAACAGAUAGCUCCCAAAUACUUGUUUGACGAAGAUUACUACCAGGAACCCAGUUCCAGUUAUCCAGAGGGGAGGUUUAGUGAUAGUGCAUUGGAUCAGAAAGUGAACUAUGGGCCCUCUCAGGUGCCCGUAACGUCAUCAAGAAGGGCUAGGUCUUUCUAUUUUGGUAAUUUUCACAGAAGAAGAGGGACUCCUUGGAAGUCAGAAUAUAACCAGAAUUCAAGAAGGUUUAGAGGAUGUAAUUAUAACUAUUUCAAAUUCAAUUCUGAUUAUCACUAUAGUAGACAAAAUGGUCAGGAGUAUAUUGACUAUGGAAGCUAUUCAGGAAAUAACUGCACUGGUUCUUUAAAUUUUGAAUGUUUUGAUGGCCACUUAGAUCAGGAGUAUCUUUUUUCACAGUAA